AUGAUCGGUACGAUCAUAGGACUAAUAGCUAGUUAUUCUCUGGGAGUAUUUCAUCGGCAUUCGAAACAAAUCGACGAGGCCAUGCUACGUUUAGAUUUACGUAAGCAGAACCGAUCGAAAAUAUUAGAAAAUGUCAAAUCAAAUUGUUCUCAACUGAUUGUUGAAUAUCCUGAAUUUAAUGUCUAUCCACAGAUUAAUCUGUGUAGCGAUUACGAUUUGUCAUCGAAAUUAGUUAAAUUAACAAUAAUUUCAUCAACAUUGUAUAAUAUCUAUUUAUUUUAUAUGUUAUAUCGUUCAAUUUUAUUAUCAAUUAUUAUAAUGGGAAUAUCGUCGACUUUCUUAUUCAAUAUGAACUUCUUCAAUAAUGGGCAAAUUCUUCAUUUCUUAGAUGUUACCUUAGUUUUCAUUGGUUUUGUUCUGAUUGUCGGUCAUAUUCUAUUAACAAAUUCCAAAAAUCAAUUCUAA